UGAGUGCGGCAGAGGCUGCGGACUUUCGAGUUUCUAUUAAUCUAAUGGUCGUUUCGCUUCAGCCAUGAAAUGGCCGCGUAUGAUGGCAGCGCAAGGUCUCUCCUCGAGUGUGAAAGGCCAUGUUCAGCACAAGCGCUAAAAUAGUGAAGCCGAAUGGCGAAAAGCCGGACGAGUUCGAGUCGGGUAUUUCCCAGGCUCUUCUGGAGCUGGAAAUGAACUCUGACCUUAAAGCUCAGUUAAGGGAACUUAACAUCACAGCCGCAAAGGAAAUAGAAGUUGGAGCUGGUAGAAAAGCAAUUAUCAUCUUUGUUCCAGUUCCUCAGCUGAAAUCUUUCCAGAAGAUCCAAGUAAGGCUAGUUCGCGAGUUGGAGAAGAAAUUUAGCGGCAAACAUGUUGUCUUCAUUGCUCAGAGAAGGAUUCUCCCCAAGCCAACAAGAAAAAGCCGCACAAAAAACAAGCAGAAGCGUCCCAGAAGUCGUACCCUGACUGCAGUACAUGAUGCCAUUCUAGAAGACUUGGUUUACCCCAGUGAAAUUGUGGGCAGGAGAAUCCGUGUAAAAUUGGACGGCAGUCGGCUUAUCAAAGUCCAUUUGGACAAGGCACAACAGAACAAUGUUGAACACAAGGUAGUGGAAACAUUUUCAGGUGUCUACAAGAAACUCACAGGCAAAGAUGUGGUCUUUGAAUUCCCAGAGUUCCAGCUGUAAUGUGCAGGAUUGCAUAAUAAAAAAUACUUCUUGUUA